CGCCGCAGCCGGGGUAACCUAAAUCUGUCUUAUCCAUUUUUCGAUCGCUCAUUGCCCAUGUAUGUGAGAUUGGUCUCAACGCUUUUCCAACGGCAUGAUACUGGUUGCAUUCCGUUUUGCAUUGACACGGGAGGUUGCACGACGUGCGACGAAUGCUGCUUCACCGUCUCGGCGAUCCAUCUAUGCCUAUUCCUCACCCGCUACCUUCAGACGUGCAACGCCAAGAUCACCAUUUCCGCUUUUGCUGAACUGAGGGGAGGAUGGCGCCCAAAAUAUCAUCGGUACUCGGUUUCCACGAGCGCGAACGGCUGCACAAGAACCCGUCGAUAUUGGCCUACACGGGAGAUGCAGGUCAAAACUACCUUGAUCUAGGCAACAACGACCAAGAAGGCACUCAAAACUCAACAAACCCACCACGCCGUCGAAAUUCCAGCCCGGCGAAGAAGAUGACAAAUAGAUCGCGACUCAACUCGCUUUCGUCUAGUCUGAGCAGUGCUCGGACUGCUGUGGCCGAACGCGCUAAGAAGCUUCACGUGCGCGAGUCUACUCUGCAAGCCAUCGGCCAACUGCGCAAGAACAUGACAAAAGGCCACGCAUCUCCAACGCAGCAUUCUCAGUCCAGUAGAGGCUCAACUCCUACUCAACAUGAGUCCAACCAGUGCGAUAACGAUCAUGUUGAUAUCGAGAACCAGGCUGGAGUCGAGAACUCUGGCUUCGAGUGCAUGUAUUCCGAGGUCAGCUUAGGGGACGAAACUGAGUUCACCCACUCGUCCACGAAGGGCCCAACAGGAACUAAGAACAAAUUAUCGAGAUUUUUGUCGUCACGACCGUGGACCAAACGUUCCAAGCAAACGCGGAGAUUCAGCGAUGUUCUUUACUAGGUUCACCAUCGUGAAUAAUUCAAAAUAAAAAUGUGUAUAAAUGCUU